AUGUCUCUGUCGGAUUUUGACUCGGACCUCACGGACCUACCUUCCUCGGACGAGGAAGAGUACAUCCCUACCACAACAAAGAAGAAGAAAAAGGCGACCCCGAGAACGAGAACCGAAUACAAAAUUCAGAAUGCGCUGCGACCACCGCGUACCACUCAGUACACCGCGAAGAGCCUGUAUGACCAGAUAGUAGAUGAUGCAAUUGAUCUGAAUCCCGAGUAUCAAAGAGAUGUUGUCUGGCCAGAAACAAAGCAAAGCGGUCUUAUUGACUCAAUCCUCAGAAACUAUUACAUACCACCUGUGAUCUUCGGUGUGGAUGAUGGCACGGAGAGACGCACCUGCAUCGACGGCAAGCAGCGCUUAACUUCUGUACAGAUGCAAACCAAUAAGCGAUAUUGGUACAAGGACGUACCGGGAGCCAAACGCACCUUGCUGCCCAAGGCGUACAUGCAAGCAUUUGCGAACAAGCAGAUCACCUGCGUAGAGUACGAUUGCUUGACGGAUGACCAGGAAAGGGAGAUUUUCCAGCGUGUCCAACUCGGUGUAGCGCUAACACCUGCAGAGCGGAUGCAAGCUUACGUAGGGCCGCGCGCCUCUCUCAUCCGAGAGGUACAGUCAGUCGUCUCAGGAGAUGACGGAAUCGGCCAUCAAUUCGAUUGGGGCCGUGCUCGGGGACGAGACUUCCAGUGUAUAGCUUCCAUUAUCUACCUGAUUGAACGCCACCCGAACAACACGUUUCCUGGAGCGGCUCAGCUGGAUAAAUGGUUGCAAACGCCCCAUUCGAUCACUUCAAAUUUCAGAACUGAAGUGAUGGACACUAUAAAGACCUUCAUCGCUCUGAUUAGAGACAAACGCUACAGUGCGGCUAUUUCGAAGCCGAACCGAGUUUCACCUAUAGAGUUCACCAUGAUCGGGAUUCUCAUUCACUUCAAUCGCAACAGGAUGUCAUUGAUGCAGUUAUUCUCCGCUAUCACGAAAAUGAGAGCUGACGUUCGUGGGAAGCAUGCAGACAUCCGGGCCAACACGAAGGUCACCAGGACUAUGCAGACCUGCAAAGCGAUGGAAAAGGGGACAUCCCAGCCACGGAAGUCAUGA